AUGCCGGGCCGACUUGAAGGCAAAGUUGCGAUUGUCACCGGCGGCGGAAGCGGUUUUGGAAAGGCCAUUUCAGCAAAGUUCAUCCAUGAAGGGGCCAAAGUACUCAUCGCUGAGAUGAACCCUGAGAGCGGGCAGGCAGUAGCGAAGGAACUUGGGUGCGCGGCUGUCAAGGCUGAUGUGACUAACCGUGAAGAUUGGAAAACCGUGUUACAGAAGUGCAUUGAAUUGUAUGGCGGCCCGGAUAUUGUCGUUAACAAUGCUGGGACAUGCUAUUCAAACCAGCCAUCCGAGGAAGUUCCCGACCAUGAAUUCGAUCUCGUCUGUGCUGUCAACUUUAAAUCGAUCUAUCUGUCGGUGGCCGUCAUCGUGCCGUGGAUGAAGGAACACAAGGGCGGGGGUUCUUUCAUCAAUAUCGCGUCCACUGGGGCCACCAGACCAAAACCGCGGCUUACAUGGUACAAUGGCACCAAGGCUGCAGUUUGCUGUGCGUCAAGAUCGCUGGCACAGGAGUAUGCCCCUAACAAUAUCCGAUUCAAUUCGAUAUGCCCGCAAUUCGCGAGCACCGGACUUUCUCACAAAUUCCUCGGAAAGGAAAACACUCCAGAGAAUCGCGCCUACUUUGUGUCUUUGAUUCCAUUGGGAAGAUUGACCGAUGUUACGGAUAUUGCCAACGGUUGCUGCUACCUUGCAAGUGAUGAGGCAAGCUACAUCACAGGCACGGAAUUGGUCAUUGACGGCGGUCGAAGUGCAUAA